CACUAAUCAAAAGAAAACACAGAACAGCAACAUAUAGAAUAAUUUCGCACAUAAGUUGAUUUUGCCACGACUGCCCGAUCGGCACAUCCCUCCGCCGCCGCCGCCCCAGAAGCCAUAGUUCCUCAUUUGCAGUGGAGUUCAAUCGAACUUAAAUGUGGGACUUAACUGGUGGACUAGAGUGACUAUGCUUGGGGAUCGAAACACCUCCUCCGAAUCAAGGUCCUCAUAGAGAACAUUCCCGUGUCCCGCAACCCGCGACCUAAACCCCCCGUUCCCAGUUCCCCGAUCCCUGGACUCCGUGGUGCGAGUCCCCUGAGUGUGAUUGUGGUCCGUGCUCAUACGGAUCCCGGUGCCGGUCCCGGUUCCGAUCCCGAUCCCGGCAAGAAUCGCAAUGUUGCUAGUGCGCCAGCUGUUCGGGGCUUCGGCCAACUCGUGGGCCCGUGCCCUCAUCAUCUUCGUCCUGGCCUGGGUGGGCCUGGUCUAUGUGUUUGUGGUCAAGUUGACCAAUACCCAGGGCCAGCAGGCCGCCGGCGAGAGUGAGCUCAAUGCCCGCCGCAUCUCGCAGGCCCUCCAGAUGCUGGAGCACACGCGCCAGCGCAACGAGGAGCUCAAACAGCUCAUCGACGAGCUGAUGAGUGACCAGCUGGAUAAGCAGAGCGCACUGAAGCUGGUGCAGAGGCUGGAGAACGAUGCAUUGAGUCCGAAGCUGGCGGCGGAAGGCGCCGGUGUGGAACCAGAAUCCAUGUUCGAAUCGGCGCCCGCUGAUCUGCGCGGCUGGAACAAUGUGGCCGAGGCGGCACCCAAUGAUCUGCUGGAUGGGGCCGGUGGCCCCGAUCAUGUGGAAUUCGAGCCCAGCCUGGAGUACGAGUUCACGCGCAGACGCAUCCAGACGAACAUCGCUGAGAUCUGGAACUUCUUCAGCAGCGAGCUGGGCAAGGUGCGCAAGUCGGUGGCCGCCGGCCAUGGCCAUGCCGAUCUGGAGGAGGCCAUCAAUCAGGUGCUGCUGCAGGGCGCCGAGCACAAGCGCUCGCUGUUGAGCGACAUGGAGCGACUGCGUCAAUCCGAUGGCUACGAGUCGUGGCGCCACAAGGAGGCGCGCGACCUAAGCGAUUUGGUGCAGCGACGCUUGCAUCACCUUCAGAAUCCCAGUGACUGUCAGAACGCUCGCAAGCUGGUCUGCAAGCUCAACAAGGGUUGUGGCUACGGCUGUCAACUGCAUCAUGUGGUGUAUUGCUUUAUAGUGGCCUAUGCCACCGAGCGCACGCUCAUCCUGAAAUCGCGCGGCUGGCGGUAUCACAAGGGUGGCUGGGAGGAGGUGUUCCAGCCGGUGUCGAACAGCUGCCACGAUGCCGGCACCGCCAACACGUACAACUGGCCGGGCAAACCGAACACCCAGGUGCUGGUGCUGCCCAUCAUCGACUCGCUGAUGCCGCGACCGCCGUACCUGCCGCUCGCCGUUCCCGAGGAUCUGGCGCCGCGACUCAAGCGCCUGCAUGGUGACCCCAUCGUCUGGUGGGUGGGCCAGUUCCUCAAGUAUUUGCUGCGACCGCAGACACCGACACGCGAUUUCCUAGUCGCUGGCAUGCGCAAUUUGGGUUGGGAACGUCCAAUUGUGGGUGUCCAUGUGCGUCGCACGGACAAAGUGGGCACGGAGGCGGCCUGCCACAGUGUGGAGGAGUAUAUGACCCAUGUGGAGGACUACUACCGCACGCUGGAGGUGAACGGCAGCAGUGUGACGCGACGCAUUUUCCUCGCCUCGGACGAUGCGCAGGUUAUUGAGGAGGCGCGCAGAAAGUACCCGCAGUACCAGAUCAUCGGUGAUCCAGAGGUGGCGCGCAUGGCGUCCGUAUCCACACGAUACACGGACACGGCGCUGAACGGGAUCAUUCUGGACAUCCAUCUGUUGUCCAUGUCCGAUCACUUGGUGUGCACAUUCUCGUCGCAGGUGUGCCGCGUGGCGUACGAGAUCAUGCAGACACUGUAUCCGGAUGCAGCGCAUCGGUUCAAGUCGCUGGACGACAUCUACUACUAUGGCGGCCAGAAUGCGCACAAUCGCCGCGUCGUCAUUGCGCACAAGCCGCGCACGCACGAGGAUCUGCAGCUGCGGGUCGGCGAUCUCGUCUCGGUGGCCGGCAACCAUUGGGAUGGCAACUCGAAGGGCAAGAACACCCGCACCAACCAGGGCGGCCUGUUUCCCUCGUUUAAGGUGGAGGAGAAGGUGGACACCGCCAAGCUGCCUCUGUAUGCGGGCGUCUAGUGGGAUCCCAGCCAUGUUGGCCAUGUUGUUGAUUGAUCUAUUCUUUUUGCCGCAUUCCACCUGGAUCAGGAGUUUCCAUGGUGCACUUCGAUUCGGCUCGGAUCACAUCGGGCACAUCCAAAAUCUACAGAAUGUCCAGAAUCUCAAAUGAAAUCUCGCUCUCUAUGUUACAUUUACACACAUAUAUUGUCCUCAACUUCCUUUCCUUUCGUUUUUGUAACUUUUUCUUCGUGUUUUUACGCUCUGGCUCCGAUUCUGAUUCUGAUUCCGAUUCUGAUUCCGAAUCUAAUUCUUAUUCUGCAUUUGUACAAGUCUUUUAUUUAUUAGUAAGUCGAAAGCCGAAGAAAUUAUGUUGACAAGAAUAUACAUAAAUAUAUAUAUAUAUAUAUAUAUAAAUAAAUUAUAUAUAGGAGUGCAUGUAGGUUCACUAAGCGCAAUAUAGUCUAUCACUUGUAAAAUAGUUGAAAAAAAAAAAACAAAAACAAAAAACACAAAAGAUGAACGCAAAACAAAACUAAAUCUGAUCAAAUUCAAGCGUCAAUAGUAAAAGAAAUAAAUAGUAAUGUUUUAAAAAGAAA